CGCCCACCACAAAACACACCAUGGUGGCUCCUCUCCGCACAAGUCUGCUUCGCCAUGCCGGAGCAACCUGUCUCCGUCAACAACGGACCACUCUCCGCCCUCUCUCCCGCUCCACCCUCCAACGCCUCGCCUCUACCCUCACCGUCCUCGAACAACGCGAUGGCAAACUCAACAUGUCCUCCCUCGCCUCCAUCUCCGCCGCCCAAAAAGUCGGAGGAUCAGUGCAUGGCAUCGUAGCGGGCUCCAACAUCAAGACCGUCGCCGAGCAAGCCUCCAAAGUCGAGGGUCUGGAAAAAGUCAUUUUCAUCGAAAACGGCGACUACGACCGCGGUCUGGCGGAGAAUUGGGCGCCUAUGCUUAUUGAGAACAUCAAGAAGGGAGGCUAUACACAUGUUAUCGCAGGCCACUCUGCGUUUGGAAAGAACUUGAUGCCGAGAGUUGCGGCUCUUAUGGACGUGCAGCAGAUUUCGGAUAUUACAGAGGUGCAGAGUGAGGAUACGUUUGUGCGACCGAUCUAUGCUGGUAACGCGAUCCUUACCGUCCAAUCGAACGACAACCCGAAGAUUGUCACCGUCCGAGGCACGGCAUUCCCCUCCGGCGCAGCGGAAGGCGGCAGUGCGAGUGUGGAAGAGGGAACGGACCCCAAAGCCGCUUGCCCCACCGAAUGGAUCAGCGAGGACCUCGCAAAGUCUGAUCGCCCUGAACUCGCGUCCGCGGAGAAAGUCGUCUCAGGUGGCCGCGGGCUGAAGUCAAAGGAGGAAUUCGACCGCAUUAUGCCUCCCCUCGCGGAUGCGCUAGGAGCAGCGAUUGGAGCGUCUCGUGCGGCGGUGGAUUCUGGAUUCGCGGACAAUUCAUUGCAAGUGGGCCAGACAGGAAAGAACGUCGCGCCGCAGCUGUACCUAUGCGCCGGAAUCUCUGGUGCGAUUCAGCAUCUUGCGGGCAUGAAGGAUAGCAAGGUCAUUGCUGCGAUCAACAAAGAUGCGGAUGCGCCGAUUUUCCAGGUCGCGGAUGUUGGGUUGGUAGGAGAUUUAUUUGAGAAGGUUCCCGAGUUGACGGAGAAGUUGGGCAAGGCGUAA